GGGGUUGCUCCAAAUAUAUUUCAUAAUGCUCUUGUUCUUCCCCCUGGGAAGAGAAUUCAAGACAUUGCAACCCACCUUCAUCACGAUACCGAGUCUUUGGAGCAACUCUUGACCAUUUUGAAGAAUCUUACUGAAUUAGGUCUACAAAGUCAAGAGUUUCAACAAAUUAUCCUCUUUCUCUCGCAGUGAAGUCCCGAUGGCAAACUAUAUAUAACAUUUGAAUUUCUCUUACAUUCCACGUUUCCGAAACGGAUCCUAUCAAAUAUUUUACAUUUUCUAUGAUCAUCUCUAUUUUAGGUAUUCGGGAAUCCUCCUUAAUAGACGAAAUAUUCCUAUUAUGUCAAUGCCAAUUGAAUCAAUGUUAUUAGCUGUUAAUUCGAACUUUUUGGUAUUUUCCGUUUCUUCGGAUGAUAUGAUGGGUCAAUCAUUUGCUUCAUUGGUUUCAACGGUGGCAGCUGCGGAAUCAGCUAUUGGGUUAGCCAUUUUCGUUAUAACUUUCCGAGUCUGAGGGACUAUUGCUGUAGAAUUUAUUAAUAGCAUUCAAGGUUAAACAUGACUCCUAGAGAAUUACCAAAAUACGAAGUUAUCUUUUCUCCUUUCGUUCUCUUCUUUUUAUUUUUUAUUUUUACUUGGUUGGCAGGGCAGGGUCGGGGCCUUUAUCGCUGGGCGAGCGCAUCUGAUUUAUUCUAAAGUCCUUUCCUAAACCACUUCCCGUUUAGUUGCUGAAAGAUAGAUAGAACCUUUCUAAAUGAGAUUGAGUUCCACGCAUAUGCAAGCUAGAAAGAUGCUAUUUGCUGCUAUUCCAUCUAUUUGUGCAUUAAGUUCGAAUAAGAUAUCAAUCUAUAAUGAAGAAAUGAUAGUAGCUCGUUGUUUUAUAGGCUUCAUCAUAUUCAGUCGGAAGAGUUUAGGUAAUACUUUCAAAGUAACUCUCGACGGGAGAAUCCAGGCUAUUCAGGAAGAAUCGCAGCAAUUCCCCAAUCCUAACGAAGUAGUUCCUCCGGAAUCUAAUGAACAACAACGAUUACUUAGGAUCAGUUUGCGAAUUUGUGGCACCGUAGUAGAAUCAUUACCAAUGGCACGCUGUGCGCCUAAGUGCGAAAAGACAGUGCAAGCUUUGUUAUGCCGAAACCUAAAUGUUAAGUCAGCAACACUUCCAAAUGCCACUUCUUCCCGUCGCAUCCGUCUUCAGGACGAUCUAGGCACAAAGUUUCACUUAUUAGUUAGGAGGAGAUUUAUCCCCCAGUGUAUCUCGAAAGCAAAAAAAUAGAACUCAUUCGAGAGAGCUUGGUGGUCUUAAGAAUGGUUCGGGUGGGGGUUCUCUUAAGAAUAAAUAAGACGAAUAGAAUCUAAUUCAUGUUUAUGCUAACAGAAGAGCGGAUCCAAUACAAAGACAACUUUUUUCUCAUGAAGCAGCUUUGCAAGAAAGGAGUUAGUUCCCUCCGGGGUUUCUGAUAGCCAAUGCUUCCUACGCUCCAGCCCUUAGCCCUGAACUCCUUAGCACAAGCACUAAGUAAGCCCGUGAAGGAAAGGCCUUCAAUAUCGCACCGCACCUACUAGGACUGAAAUUUAGUUUUCGAAUAGGACUACUUCUUUCUUUUCUGUACGCUAGGGCCGCCCGCACGCUUUAAGGGUUGUUGAACGUAUUGCACUAAGAAAGACUCCUGCCGUUGCGGUAAGAUUUUCUUUGAAAGCCGCUCAAGCAAUUUCUUUAAAGAAGAGCAAGCAAGCAAGACAAGAUAAGGCUCGAAAGCUGCGAAGAAAGUCGAGCUGCUCUAAUCGAGCUGUGAAAUCGGUGUGGUGAGGUAUUGGAAGUGUUCAGCGAAUAUAGAUAAAGAAACUCAAAAAGAGCACCGUGCUAUACUGGCAGAGCUUCAGCAAAA